UGGUGCCCGAGGCCACGCUCCGAGGACAAGGCAGGGACAAGGUGGAGCCCAGUCGGCCCCCGCGUCAGAGUCUGGCCUUGGUGGCUCCAGCGCACGUGAUCUGCCGCUGUCUCCCACCCGCGCCAUGACCCAGCCUGUACCCCGGCUCUCUUUGCCCGCCACGCUGGCCCUGGGCUCGGCCGCGCUGGGCGCCGCUUUCGCUACUGGCCUCUUCCUGGGGAGACGGUGGCCCUCGUGGCGAUUCCGGCGACAGCGGCACCUGCUUCCCCCAGAAGACAGUCCCCUGUGGCAGUAUCUGCUGAGCCGCUCAAUACGGGAGCACCCAGCACUACGGAGCCUUCGGCUGCUGACUCUGGAGCAGCCGCAUGGAGAUUACAUGAUGACCUGUGAACAGGCGCAGCUUCUGGCCAACCUGGCACGACUCAUCAAGGCCAAGAAGGCGCUGGACCUGGGCACUUUCACUGGCUACUCUGCCCUGGCACUGGCCCUGGCGCUGCCCCCCGCCGGGCGUGUAGUGACCUGCGAGGUGGACGCAGGGCCCCCGGAGCUGGGGCGGCCCCUGUGGAGGAAGGCUGAGAUGGAUCACAAAAUCGACCUUCGGCUGAAGCCAGCCCUGGAGACCUUGGACGAGCUCCUGGCGGCAGGAGAGGCCAGCACCUUCGACGUGGCCGUGGUGGACGCGGACAAAGAGAACUGCACAGCCUACUAUGAGCGAUGUCUGCAGCUGCUGCGCCCCGGAGGCAUGCUCGCCAUCCCUAGAGGACAGGUGAAAUUCCUGGCACAGUGCAGCUGGGACUGGUGGGGAGACCUCAUCUGGGAUCUGUCAGUGUGAAAGGACUUGCAGGGGACCAGCACUGCCACAGGUAUUUCUAUAAGUUAUGCUAGUUCUGUCAGCCAUUUGUCCACUUUUUCAGAGAAAUAUCAGCUCCCCUGCCUUACCUCUGAGAACCUCCAGUUUGGCUUGAAUAUAUACCCUUAUGUUCCCCUUACGUCCUGAAGAUGAGGGGACUGCUAUCCAAGAUGUGAAGCAACAAGCCUGACGGUAGCAGACCUUCAGUAUGACAAUUUUAAACACAUUUCCUAGACAAAGAGAACUUUAGGUUUUCCAAAGAGAACUGCUGGUUUAAAAGAGAGGAAAAGGCAGUUAGGCUUUAGGGACCUUCAAGCCAGAUUCUUUGCUUCAUUCAAAUAUCCCCAACCCACAGGAAGAUCUUGUCUCUAAGACACAAAUGAAAGUCUGGUUCUUUCCAAUAACUUCAAGGCCUCAGGCAAAAGGGCACUUACAAUAGGCUUUUUGCUGCCACCUGUUAAGACCUGGUGGUGGAAUUGCACCUGAAGACUACUAGAAGAAGUUAUAGGAGCUGCAUGAACCUGCAGAUUUUCAUAAUCUUGAUGCUCCAAGGAUUUACCUGGCAUUCUCCACAAUCCUCAGGGUCCUAGAUAUUACAACUACUCUAUUCUCUCUAACUCAUAAAAGCUUACUAGGAUGCACACAGGUGAUCGAGUAACUCAAACCUGUGUGCACUACAGUCCAGAUUACUGAACCAGAUGAACUUCAACUGCAGCAGAAAGUACAAUGAUUAGCUGAGGAGCAAAAGGUCAUUUAGAAAACCAGAUUUCCUCCCUGCAGGUCUAGCUUGCACCCCAAGUACAAGAGUUGUUUUCAUACCUAGCAUGUAGGGACAUCUUUUCAUUUUCUUAUCUAGCAAUAGGUCUAACUCAAAUUGCAACCUCCAACCUGCUUCCAUGCCCAUAGGAGGCAGCAUGUGUCUGGGGAGACAGCCUUUUGGAGAAUCCAUCCCUAUUUACAUGGGCCACUCCGGUGAAUUCCUUAGGAAAAACAAGUGCAACCUAUUUUAUCAGCUUUUUCACUGUUGUGACCAAAAGACCUGACAAGAACAAUUAGAAGAGAAAAAGUUUAUUUGGGGGUUCACAGUUUCAGAGGUCUUAAGUCACAGAUGGCUAACUCCAUUCUUUGGGGUCUAAAGUGAGACAAAACAUCAUGGCCGAAGUGUGUAGGAAAGGAAAACAUCUAGGAACAUCACACUAGGAAGCAGAGAAAGCACCCCUCACCACAAAAAAAUAUAAGCCCCAAAGGUAUGCCCCACCUUCUCCAGCUAUACCCUACUGGCUAUCAAGUUACUAGUCGAUGCCUAGCAUGGGAUUCACUGAAUUGGUUAAACCUUUCAUAACCCAAUCAUUUCACCUCUAAACUUUCCUGCAUUGUCUCACUUACGAGCUUUUGGGGGACACCUCAUAUCUAAACCAUAACAGACCAAAAAAGGCCUCUUGUCCCUCUUAGUCUCUGUAUGAAGAGCUUGCUUGAAUUCUAUUCUCAUCAGAUUCUGUCCAACCUGGAAGUUUUUAGCACGUCAUCAUUUCUUCAAUGAUGAGUCCCAAAGUACUCCAUUGUCUUAAUCUGUUCUCUCAAGCUGCAAACUGAGCUUUAGGUUUUAUACUUCAGAUGUGUUCAACAAAUUUCCCCUUCUCUUUGGCUUUAUCCUUCAAACUAGCUCCUCCUAUCACAAAACUUGUUCUUUAGACUUUUCCAACCAGAAUCACCCAUUAACAUCAAUCAUUCAUGCCCACAUGAAGGCCAAGAGGAUUGCCGUUGAUCUCACAGGUUAACCCAGCUUUCCAGUCAAUGUCGGCCUGGGUGGAAAAGAGUGAUGUGAUGACUUUCCACUAGGACCCAUAUUUCCUUUCUCAGACCCUAUGGUUAUCAAUGCUGUCUACACUUUACCUUCCCUCCCAACCCACUGAUUUAGGGGUACAGCACUGGUCACCAGAUAACCAGUUUCACUAGAAACCAACUAACAAGUAACUGUUUGAAGAUUUUAAAUACAAUUCUUGUUUAGAUCAUCCUUGAUCACCUUCUUGUGGGGGAAAAAGCCUGCAGGUCACAACGGAAAUAUACUGAGGUCAAAUCUUCUGAUUCCCAGGGGUUUCUUUCAGGUGAAUUAAGCUUCCAAUUCUGGGACAAGCCCAAACAAUAGCUCACAGGGGCACUGGUGUGCAUAUAUAAUCUUCCAGCCCGAUCCCUACAUUGUCCUAUCCUCGUCACUUUCUCCCACCAUUCCUGAGAUUAACAAUGAAUCAGUGUAAUUCUGUACAAACUUAGAAACUGAAGAGUAUAACUGUGUAUAUCCUCUUAUUUUAUUGUAGUCUCAAAAAUCUCUUGGAAUUCUAGAGAUACAGGACUUGUGGCACAGAGUUAAGAGCAAAAUGCUCACCAGAAAAAUAAAGAAUCAGCUAAACAUCAGGGAGAUUUGACCCUAGCUGGCAAAUUUUUAACUGCAAAUACUUAGAGCCAUUAAUUAUGUAUACUUGUUUUAUUCAUAAUUUGUAAUGUUCUGGGAUACCAAAAGUAAUUCUAAUGAUGGUUGAAUUUAACAAAAAAAUCUUUACCCUCAUCUUAAAACAUC